GGGGGCCUAGUGGCGGCUCCAGCGAUGUUUCUCUCGCGUGUCGCCGAGAUCCAGGCUGUGACUGUCUGUGUUUAACCAGCCACUGGGGCUCGAUGCUGCUGUCCGGCUUCCUGUGUUGUUGCCAAAGUGCCAGCGUUUGUGGUCGUGGGACGCUUCGCUCCCCACUGCGUCCAAGCCUUUAGCGCAGACUCUUGGUCUGAGUCUUUUGUCUUUGCUUGUGUUAUGUUCUGUCGCCCUGAAUCUAACACUGAGCUUUCACUGCUUUGUUUCUGUCAGACCCUGAUCUGCAGGGUCUCUCUUACUGACCCGAGGUUUGUGUUUUGUGUGUUUCUGCACUGAGUGCGGGUUCAUUUGUGCGUUCUGCUGGCUAACUCCAAGUUACCCCAUCCCUGCUUGUGUGUGUCUGUCCCGCUGUGUCUUUGCCCCAUGGACCAGUGUGUAUGUGUGGAGCGGGAGCUGGAAAAGGUGCUGCACAAGUUCCUGAUGUAUGGACAACACUGUGAUCGCAGCUUGGAGGAACUGCUACACUAUGUCAGCGGCCUCAGACAAGAGCUGUCCAAUACAGGCCACCUUGAUCUGCAAUUAUCUGCAACAUUGUCAUUGGUUAUGUCACAGUGUUGUAAGAAGAUAAAGGAUACAGUUCUGAAGUUGGCAUUGGAUCACAAAGAUAUCCACGCGAGUGUUUCUAAAGUGGGGAAGGCGAUCGACAGGAACUUUGACACGGACGUGAGUGGAGUCGGCGUGGAAGGUGUCUGGGAUUUGCACGAAAAGCAGCAGUUCCUGAGCGAGGUUGUGGUGGGACAUUUGUACAGACAAGGUUUGCUGAGCGUGGCAGAGGAACUGUGCCAGGAAUCUGGAAUAUGCAUUGACCUCUGUCAGAAGAAACCCUUCCUGGAGUUGAACCGGAUCCUGGAGGCCCUGCGGCUCCGAGAUUUGAGGCCAGCACUGGAAUGGACGAUGUCAAACCGGCAGAGGCUGCUGGCUCUGGACAGCACGCUGGAGUUCAAACUGCACCGCUUGUAUUUCAUCAGCCUCCUGACAGGUGGAAUCGUCAACCAAACAGAGGCACUGGGAUAUGCCAAGAACUUCCAGCCCUUUGCACAACAGCAUCAACGAGACAUCCAGGUGUUGAUGGGAAGCCUGGUUUACCUGCGACAUGGCAUUUCAAACUCCCCAUAUCUCCAUCUGCUGGAUUCAACUCAGUGGGCGGACAUCUGUGACAUCUUCACCAGAGAUGCUUGUGCUCUCCUGGGUCUUUCAGUAGAAUCUCCUCUCAGUGUCAGCUUUUCCGCUGGAUGCCUAGCGUUACCGGUUCUGCUGAACAUUAAGGCUGUGAUUGAGCAACGACAGUGCACUGGGAUCUGGAGCCAGAAGGAUGAGCUGCCGGUUGAGAUUGAGCUGGGCAAGAAGUGCUGGUACCACUCUGUGUUUGCCUGUCCCAUCCUCCGGCAACAGGCCACCGAAUCCAACCCUCCGAUGAAACUCAUCUGCGGCCACGUGAUCUCCAGAGAUGCUUUGAACAAGCUGAUCAACAGUGGGAAAUUGAAGUGCCCCUAUUGUCCGAUGGAGCAAGCACCCUCUGAUGCAAAGCAGAUCUAUUUCUGAGGACCAUGUUUGAACUCUGAGGACAAUACACCUCCUGUUGGAGAAGAGCUAUAACUAGGGUGUGUCUGUUUAAUUGUGGCCAACCUAGACCACUGGAUGGUGUAAAUGUGAUUUGCCCUGGAGCGAGCUGUAGGGGAUUGGAGCAGAAGUCCCUGCCCACCCAGCCACUGUGGGAUCUGCACCUUGUUUGCACUAGUAUGGAACCUGGAAUAGCCAUUAAUUCCUAUCUAAUGUUUUAUUUGUCCCACUUGCAAAUGCUUAGCAACUAUCAGGUAGUUUAAGUACAAAUGCAGUUCUAAUCUGUUGCCAUCUCAUUUUGACAGCACCCAUUAUAAAGCCUUUGCUGUGGAGUAGUUCUAUGUCAGUGGAGUUCCAGUGACUUAGCUGCUGUAUACUGACACUGUUGUAAAACAAAUGGUGUGUAAAGUAUGUGACUUCCCCAUGUUUCAGUUGUGCCACUAAUUAGAUAAUGUUGAUCACAGAACACUUUGUCCUCAACCCCCAUCUUCCAACCUCCCUCCCUCACCCCGUCAUGUCCCCAGAUCUGGACGAUCUGUACAGUACUAUUCAUAGCUGGAGUUUUAAUGAUAUUGAAAGUUCAUGAGGUGCUUUUGAUAUUUCUGAGGGCAUGGAUGAGUAAUGAAACAAGAUGACAUGGACCCAUGGAUCACAUCGGAUCCAUCUGUUCUCUUCCCUGAAAUAGCCCAUUUCCUUCACAAACGGACCCAUAACACAUUUAAUGUCAAACCCUGUCUAUAGCUGGGUAUAUUGAUACCUUAGUCUUUAUGGACUGUAGUGAUGACAACCUCUAGCUGUGUUCACAUUUAUAUCUAGGGCUGAAAUGGUUGUUCCUAAACUGAGGAAUGAGAGAAGUUGCAUCCUAUUCUCAUUCUUUAUCCAUUUUGAGCGGUGUCUGUUGGUCAGGGUGAGCUUGCCAUGACCAUCAUGCUCAUUGUGGGUUUGUCUCUGGGGUUAUUUUGUGCAUCUGCCAAUGCCCAGCUUGGACUGCAGGGUGAGAGUGCUUGUAAUUGCAUUGUCCCCCUGACUGGGUGACAAUCCCUUGGUUAGAGACAAGGUUGGAGGCUCCACAGCUGUGAUGGCUAUUCAUUGAUUUUUCAGGUCAGCUUUUAAAAUUGACGUUUUAUUUAUAAUUCUACUUAAUCUUUUUUACAAUUACCCCUGGUUUAGUUGUUAUAUGGUCAUGUUAUCUGUGCCAUUGCAAAUAUUUGUUUUCCAUGACAUAUCAGCAAAACUGCUUAUUGCACUGGUUUUAAAUGAAUAGCACUGCAAAUCAUGACCUUCGACCCAUUGCUUGUAACUGCAUCAACGAACAUGUUCUGUUAAUUAUGGAGGGAAAUAAUUGCUUGUUUUCUUUCAACAUGAUAAACAGUCUAGUUUGCAGUUAAUUAUAAAAGCCUGUUAUACCUCAGAGUAGCGCCACUAACUGUUUGGUUAGCCAUUGGUUAGCCAUUUCACAGAAUGGGAGUGAAGAGAAUCAGUUUGGUCAAAAGGAUGAAGUUAAUUUAUACGCUGUUUCAUCUGGAGCCUAGGUCAGACUAAUCGGCAGAAACUCUGGUAAACAGAUGUUUUUGCCUCACAGUUUGUCUCAUAAGAACCUGACGGAACCUGCUGCACUUUUUUUUACUUCUGAAUACUUUUACUGGAUGUUAACUUUGAUGUUGGUCCCUUUUAUGAAGAUUUUUGAUUCCUUUAUCCUUCCCACCCUACUCUACCCAACUGCCUCAGAGCCCUAAGGCAAAGACUGUCCUUCCAUGGAAUGACCACCCCUAUGGUCAGCUCCUGCUCACAUCCCUCUAAUGAAAAUGCCGAUAAGAUGGAUAACAGAAGUAGAACUCGUUAACUUGACAAGGUGGGAGGCUGAUGGAAACAACAGGGUUUCUCUAGGUUCUGAAUGUAAGGUAUUCAGCAUCACUCAACAAUCGUUAAAGCCUUCACAAGUAUUGUGAAAAUCAUUGGUGAUAGAUAGGAAUGUGCAGCCCAGAGUCUGGCCAACAAACAGGCCUAGUUUGUUAAGAGAUGAUGAGUUUAAUAAUGGAUGGUGUGGCUGAUAAACAAUGUGUGGGAAACAUAGUUCUUAAACUAUGCUCAGGUUUUUACUUGGAAGAAGAAGAUAAAAUUUCCUGCUGCCAUGGCAGUGGUGAGUGAUAGCGCCUUCCACAUUCUCACUUUGUAUUUGUGUGAGGAAAAUAAACCCAGAACGCUCUAAUUCAUGAGGUUUUAUUUAUCCCAGCUUGCUUGCUUGUCGCAAGUCCCCCACAAAACUAGAGAAAUGCAAAGGAAAGGUGAGAGAAUACAAUGCAAUCUGCAGUUGGGGAGCUUGAUGCCCCCAGCAGUUUAGACUGUUACAUGACUUUUAAUUUUAUUACCCAUAAUAUAAUUUAUGUUAUAUAACAAAUGUUUAAUAAAUAUGUUGAAGUGAUUAAA